AAUGCAGCUGUCAAUUCUAACAUUUCUCGACCAGUCGACUGUGUUGUUCCAUUUCCUAAACAAUGAUGUUUUCAAAAGACAAUUUCCCGAAUGUUUUGAUACAACAAUAUUUGAGUACCUCGAACAAAUUAAAAAAAUUUGAACGUGUCGUCUUCAAGCGUUUCGCACCAAAUGUCGAGGAGGUCUCAAGUGAGUUUCAACGUCUCGGAGUAACCUUCCACGAAGCAGGAAUUUUUCAAUACGCUGCGAUGUGCUUCUUAGGAGCAGCAAAGUGUGAGAACUCUUUAGGUAAUAAAAUGGCAGAAAUCGAUUUCCUUUUGAAAGCAGCCAGGGAGUUUGCCCAAGCCAAUCAAGAGGUUGAAAAGCUCAACCUCCAAAGUAACCAAAAGGAAUACAUUGAGGGCGCUCUAAAAUCAUAUUUUCAAGCUUUAUCCAAAUUAGAAGAUGACUCUGUCCUGAAAGCAGCUGUCAUCCGAGAAAUCCGAACUAUAAACCCAAACUUCGAGGCUACCAGCAAUUUUGUGUCACCGUGUCAUCGAUGCUAUGACCUGUAUAAGGCGGCAAAUAUAUCCAUUGAGAAUAAAGACUACGUCUCGGCAUUGGAGAAACUCACCGACAUUUUCGAUAAUAUCACCGAACGUAAGAAAGAAGACUUAUACAAGGACAUCAUGAUUCAAUCCGAAAUCAGUCGAGUGCUUCUGCUGGUUGUGCUCAAUUUGCCACCGAGUCGUCAGUCACCAUCGCACAUAAAGUUAUUGGAGAAAUACUCGUCCGUGGAAAACGUCCCCGAUUGUACGAAUAGUGAUAAGUCUGCGUUUCGCUUCAAAAUACCAUCGUCAGUGGAGACUUUGCUAAAAGACUUGGUUAUCACAUGGCAGGAACGCGAUACCGUCGAAAUGAACAAAACUGUUUUGAGAUUGUUUGAGUGUAGGUCACUGAAACCUGAACAUUAUUCCAUACUCAAGGAGCUCAGUUAUAUUUUGGAUGGGACGAAUACUAUUUCAAAGGUUAGAUAAAUAACUCAUUUGACAAUAUGCAUGUAUACGCAAGGAGAGUGUUUGUAUUUGAAGGACAUCAUCAUGUGAUAAUAGUUUCAAUUUGAGAUUAACGGAUUUGCAAUUGUUUUUAGGUUUAAAAUGCUACUUGAUUUAUUAUAUUUGAAGUUAAUUAUAAAAUAUAUUUAUUCGCUUUGAAGGUACACUUCUCCUGGAA